AUGCAGCUCCGCCGUGCUGUCUCUCCAUUUGCACGAAAGGCACCCCAGCUUGGCGGACCUAUCGCGCAAGCCCAUCUUGCUGGGUGUUACAUGCUGUUUACGUGGCGAAUCCAUCGUUGUCCCCCAACUUACUCCAGACGAACGCAGGCUAUUGCUUCGUUUGGCUGUCUCAGUCGCUGCUUUUGCAGCGGCCUCGUCCGCCAAAGUUGGGGGUACUCGGGACUAAGACGGCCCGAGUCUGGGUGCCCAAGGCUGUCCGAGUUGGGGACUCCGGGUCCUGGCGCUUAUGAUGGUCUCCUGGCCCACGACGAUGGUGUGCUCAACCACCUCCUCAUAUUUGAUGCACGAGUCGCAGGGAACUUGAGAACGCAAGCAUGCACUGCUCUUGCGUCAGCGGGCAACCACUGCCGCCCGGCCUACAGCCCUGAGUUCGAGGCUGAGAGCUCGUUUCCCGAGAGGCACCUUGACGAUGACAAGACUCCGGCCUCGGGUGUCGAGCCCGACCGCUAUCGCCCAGCGGCCGCAAAACGGCAGCCUCGGCAGGUGUUUGAGCCCAGUCUCCCAACGCUCUACGCUAGGGAUUGGCCUGGGGAAAACCAGCCUCUUGCCCGUGACAGCCAUAUAACCUCUCAUCCUGCGCUGCCCGUCAACAAUGCCAUCCCCGCCCACUUUCCACAGACAACUGCGCCUUUGCAAGGAGAAUGGCCCUCAUUCAGUGAGCAGCCUCACGAUGGGCGCUUAUGGCAAUCAACCCGCCCGGAACUCAGUGUCGACGACGAUUCCGACUCGAUCCAGAGUCGCAACGACAGCCUCGAGGAGUUUUGCCUACCGAUGCCGACGCUGCCCUCCACCCAGAAACCCCGGCGGCGAAGCUCACAUCGCGUGACAAAACCUGCAAAGGCAUCAUCAGGCUCGAUAACAAGCCACCACCCAGCCGCGCGUCCAGAGAGACCCUAUAUUCCGGACUUCGACUAUAACACCGACUGGUUUGACGCUUCGGAUGCCGCGGCAGCCUUCUUUCCCCAAAUCAACCACGAUCAGCCAGUAGCCGCCAGUGGAGGCGAAAUUGAAAUUGCCUACCGAGAUAGUUCCUCUUCGUCCAAGGUGGACUCCAAACGAAUUGCCCACAAACUGUCCGAGAAAACACGACGCAACAGAUUGACCAUCGCGAUACGGGAGAUACAGAAGUUGCUCCCCUCUGGGGCUGACGGCGAUGACCAGACCAUGCCCCAGGCGCAGAAAGACGCGGACUUUGUGGUCAGACCGGGGGUGCCGAGUAGUAAACUUGAUAUCGUGGAGAUGGCCGUUGGGUUCAUCAGAGACUUGAAAGAGAGAAACAAGGAGACGGCGAGAAGGUUAAGAGAGGCUGAGAGGGCGUUAGAACAGUGCCAGUGCCGGCGUGGGAGAGGGGACACAGUCUCGAGCUCAUCAUCAUUGAAUCUUCCGGCCAUGGGAGGUGGCGCAGGUUAA